CCCCCGCUUUCCUCCCCUUCCCUGGAACGAAACUUCAAAAUCCAAACAAAUAAGCAUUGGUGUGUUCACUGAUCUGUCCGCCACUUCCACUCGAGACAGCAGAAUCAGACACAACAAGAAGAAGAAGCGUCGAAGAUGAGCAAGCUCUGGACAAUCCUCACCCAUCUCCAUUCGCUCGCAGGACCUGGCGUGAUGCUCCUGUACCCCCUGUAUGCGUCAGUGCAAGCGAUGGAGAGCCCGUCGAAGCUGGACGACGAGCAGUGGCUCGCCUACUGGAUCCUCUACUCCUUCGUCACCCUCGUGGAGAUGGUGCUCGAGUCCCUCAUCUACUGGAUACCGAUCUGGUACGAACUGAAGCUACUGUUCCUGGCGUGGCUGGCGCUGCCCAACUUCAGGGGAGCGGCGUUCAUCUACGACAGGUUCGUGAGGGAGCAGCUCAGGAAGCACGGGUUGACCAACCACGCCGGCAGCGGCAUAAGCAAGAAAGAGAAGGGCGACAAGGACAACAAGUCGCCCUCGCCUUCGCCCAAGGAGAAGGAGAACGCCAAGAGCAGGUUCCUCUCCUUCGCCAGUGCCAAGAAGGAAGGAUCAUGAAGCACAAUGAGGCAGUCAUUCAGAGAUGCCCUGCCUGCCCUGCAGCUUGCUUGUGCUCUGUUCUAGUAGUGUUCAGUUCUGGUUUUUUCUUUUGCUUCUCUUUUCACUCACAAGGCAGUACUGGUUACCCCUCAAUCUUGUACGAUGUGUGAAAGUGUGAACAAACACCAUUGGAGUGUCAGGCUGAUAGCACGGAGCUUCCUUGCUCUUGUUGAGUGGUGCUUUGGGUUGAUAUUAGCCUCUAGACGAAAAUUUUAGUACUUCCUUCGACUAUAAAUUUUUGUCGUGAUUUUAGUACAAAUUAGUAAGAAUUUAAAAUCGGAA